GCCAUGUUCCAGCACACGGCAGCAGGUGGAGGAGGCGCUGGAGGAGGAAUGGGUACCACUACCCAGACAAACACAAACAUUAUCCAGCCAGCCGUUUUCCAGCACACGGCAGGAGGUGGAGGAGGAUCGGGCGCUCCCGCAGCCGUUACGCAGCCUCCUGUGAUUGCAAACAGCACAUCGGGUGGCAGCGGUGAUGGAGGAGGACUCUCUGGUGCCUCCGGUUUUGGACCAGCGGGCAACAACGGUGCGGUCCUCUCGCAGAACGCAUUCUCUGCGUUAAGCAGUGCACAGCCUGCUGAUGGCCAGAGAGAUGGACAGCAGAGCCUUCUUGACGUUAUAGCGGAAGACAUGGCAACGUGGGAAUCUUCUGGACAGUGGAUGUUUUCGUGUUACUCUCCUGAGACAGGCAAGCCUAAUGUUCCAGGCUUUGGAGAGUUCUCGGCUGAGGAGGUGCGCCUGGAGUAUUAUAACUGCAGUGCAAACAACAACACUGGCUACUACAUCAACUCUGUCAAUCAGUUAGUGCAGCAGUGGAGAAAGAGGCUGCAGGAGCUGAAGGCUUUAAAUGGCUCGGGAAAAGCAGCGAUGCAGAAUGGCGGUGGAGGAGGAGGAGGAAUGGGUGCUGCUACCCAGAGAAACACCAACCUUAUCAGGCCAGCCAUGUUCCAACACACGGCAGGAGGAGGAGCAGGAGCAGGAGGAGGAGGAACAGGAGGAGGAAUGGGUGCUUCUAGCCAGACAAACACCAACCUUAUCCAGCCAGCCAUGUUCCAGCACACGGCAGCAGGUGGAGGAGGAGCUGGAGGAGGAAUGGGUACCACUACCCAGAGAAACAAAAACCUUAUCAGGCCAGCCAUGUUCCAGCACACGGCAGGAGGUGGAGGUGACGUUAUAGCGGAAGACAUGGCAACGUGGGAAUCUUCUGGACAGUGGAUGUUUUCGUGUUACUCUCCUGAGACAGGCAAGCCUAAUGUUCCAGGCUUUGGAGAGUUCUCGGCUGAGGAGGUGCGCCUGGAGUAUUAUAACUGCAGUGCAAACAACAACACUGGCUACUACAUCAACUCUGUCAAUCAGUUAGUGCAGCAGUGGAGAAAGAGGCUGCAGGAGCUGAAGGCUUUAAAUGGCUCGGGAAAAGCAGCGAUGGUAAGUGUUGAGGAAAGUGACGUUAUAGCGGAAGACAUGGCAACGUGGGAAUCUUCUGGACAGUGGAUGUUUUCGUGUUACUCUCCUGAGACAGGCAAGCCUAAUGUUCCAGGCUUUGGAGAGUUCUCGGCUGAGGAGGUGCGUCUGGAGUAUUAUAACUGCAGUGCAAACAACAACACUGGCUACUACAUCAACUCUGUCAAUCAGUUAGUGCAGCAGUGGAGAAAGAGGCUGCAGGAGCUGAAGGCUUUAAAUGGCUCGGGAAAAGCAGCGAUGGUAAGUGUUGAGGAAAGUGACGUUAUAGCGGAAGACAUGGCAACGUGGGAAUCUUCUGGACAGUGGAUGUUUUCGUGUUACUCUCCUGAGACAGGCAAGCCUAAUGUUCCAGGCUUUGGAGAGUUCUCGGCUGAGGAGGUGCGUCUGGAGUAUUAUAACUGCAGUGCAAACAACAACACUGGCUACUACAUCAACUCUGUCAAUCAGUUAGUGCAGCAGUGGAGAAAGAGGCUGCAGGAGCUGAAGGCUUUAAAUGGCUCGGGAAAAGCAGCGAUGGCUUUCCUGUGA